GUGACGUCACACAGCCCCGUCGACGUCAGAGGGCCUCCUGCGUCAGGGGAGCCGGCUGGCACGGAAGGAGGAAAGUCGGCGGCGAGGCCGAGUCAACGGUCGGUCACCGCGAUGGUGCCGCAGCGGGGGGUGUGCUGGUUCCUGGGCCUCCUCGGGCUGAUGCUGGAGGACGGUUGGGCUCGGCUGGCUGGCCCAACCUAUGUAUCUGAAUAUUACUCUCAAGCUCCACAAAAACUUUCUUUGUAUAGUUGGUAUGGAAGUGCACGUCUAUUUGUCUUCCAAGUGCCGGAAAAUACUGUGCUAAUGAGAUGGAUUUUACAAGCCUCGAAAGGAAAGGGACCGGAAUGCCAAAAUAUUAAUGUUACUGUCCAUUUUCGGGCAGGUGCCCCUCCAGUAAUCAAUCCUUUACAAACCAAGUUUGGAAUAAACACAGUUGCUCUCCCUUCAUUUAACCUCACUAUACCAUUGUCCAGCGAUCAGACCAAUACUUUCUUAAACAUUUCCAAACCUGUUCCAGGUGACUGGUUUGUAGCUGCACACCUACCAAAAGAUGAUGGCAAAAUUGAAGUAAAGGGCUUCUCUGUCAAGUGCUCCUACAUAUUUCAGCCACAGAUGUUUGUUCAGCGAUUGAUUAAUGUGCCUGUUCUUGAACCAAAUACUUCACUUCGGAUGACUGUUUCUCUUCUUCAUCCGGUUGCACACUUGAAAAUUUUUAUUCCUGAAAAUACUGCAGAACUUGCCAUUCAGCUAACAAACUGCACUAUCAACAACCACGCUGUGGAAGCUUGUCCUGUCCGUCUAUUAAUAGGAUCAAAUUCAUUACCUAAUUCUUACUUGAAGAUUCUAAAUUGCAAUGAAAGUGUAAAUUGCAGAAAAAUACUGGACUCUCCGCCUUGGAUGAAAUGGUUGCAAGUCACAGUUGAAAGCAGCAACAAUGACUGGAUUGUCUCCUUUGACAUUGAAGCUUAUUUAACAGUAUGUACACCUGUUGAUAUUGGAUAUCUUCCCACUAUGAAUAAAAACUUCACUCUGUCAAGCAAAAGUUCAGUAACAAACAAUAUGGAUAUGUUUAGAGUAAACAUGAAGAUAAAUAAUACUGAAGCAAUUAAUGAUUGGAAAUCAUGUUUUCAUAAUCAGCCUGUUCUUCGGGAAGCUUUGGAUGUUGAUUCUGUGAGAUUUUUUGUUUUAAAUGGACCAGAUGUUUUUGUCACCUCUGACUAUCCUAUAAUUCUUCUGUUGAACUUGAAUACAAGAAGAGAUAAUGGUGGUACCAUCAUCUUGAACUUGCGGUUAAAUAAGACUUCACUAUCCAAUGAAAACUCAACUGUGUUUGCCUGUUUAAGUGCUGGGUCUCCUGUGAUGUCCCUAGAUGUCAAUUCCAUGAACUGCAGAGAAGCCUUAUCUUGGGGAUAUCUGCUUAAAAUGAAUGCUUCGAUAUUAUCAACAUCCCUUCAUGUUCCUUACCCAGAGACUGACCGUUGGUACCUCACCUUGCAAAUCCUGUGCCCCAAUGAUAAAGGCAGUCAGGUUUGUGUGAAGGAGUCUGCUCGGGUAACUGUAUCAACUGUACUGAGUCCCUGUAUUGGUGAUUGUGGUAUAUAUGGAGAAUGCAGGCUUCUUCGAACUCAUGGAUAUCUUUAUGCUGCAUGUGUUUGUAAAGCAGGCUGGAAUGGAUGGAGCUGUACAGAUGAUACCCAUGCUCUAUCAUACGGACGUCAAUUGCUUGCAACUCUCUUGUUGACGUUGAGUAAUCUCAUGUUCAUUCCACCGACUGUGGUUGCUAUACAUCGCUAUUACUUUGUAGAGGCUGCUGUGUAUCUCUUCACCAUGAUUUUCUCAACGUUUUAUCAUGCAUGUGAUCAACCAGGAAUUGCAGUCUUGUGCAUUAUGGAAUAUGAUACUCUUCAAUACUGUGACUUUCUUGGCUCGGUUUUAUCUGUGUGGGUUACUGUUCUCUGUAUGGCCAAGUUAAAGUCUCAAUUUAAGUAUGUGCUUUUUAUUCUUGGAUCCUUAUUGAUUGCUAUGUCAAUGCAAUUAGAUCGCCGUGGUCUUUGGAACUUACUGGGGCCUUGCCUUGUUGCCCUGGGGAUCAUGGUGGUUGCAUGGGUGUCUCAGUGUGUGAAACGCCGGCAUUGCUAUCCUCCAACAUGGAAGCGCUGGGUGUUUUUCUUAUUGCCAGGAAUAGGUGCAGCAUUGAUUGCUAUUGCUGUAUAUGGAUUUCUGGAGACAAAGGAGAACUAUUAUUACACACACAGCAUUUGGCAUAUUCUUGUAGCUGGAAGUGUGGUAUUUUUGUUACCGCCAGGUAAAAAACACAUAAGCCUGUGGUUCUGGACUCGUAAGCUUACAUGUGGAUACCAGAUUUGUUCUAAUGUAGAAGAAGACUUGUACGUUGUUUGUUGAAUGGGUCAAUUUAGCUAUAUUUGCUUAAUCAGAGGAAACAGAUUAUUUUUAUAAAAAGAAUGUAUUCUUAAAUUGUUUUCAGUUGCUAAACUUUAAAAGCAGUGGUAAAAGAAAUGACCACAAAAUAUGUUUUAAAUUUCUGUAAAAAUGACAAAGUAAUUUAAUUCAUUUUUGACUUUUUUCUGCAAGAUGCCAAAUAGAUUUUUAUACCUAAAAUAAGAGGCAUCAGAUGUUUUAUUUAACAAAAAGGUAGUUGCAUGCACUUGUUUGGUCUAUAGUAAUAUUGGCCAAAACAAUAUAUUACAACUUGAUUAAUUCUAUUUUCUAUUAUUCAGAAUACAAAAGUGUAUUCUUGUUGGAGAUACCUAAAGUCUUCAUUUUUAACAAAACACCUGGGAAUUUAUCAUUUGUUACAAAGGCACUGUAAGGGAAGAGUCAGGCCAGUAGGUAGUGGGUUGCAUUACUACAGUAGCUAUUUUACUUUAGAGACCAAAGAACUGAAAGUGAUUUUAAUUAAGCAUAUUACUUAGCACCUUUUUUAAAAAAAACUUAAGUGUUGAUUUAUUCCUUUGGACUAUCCAUUUAAUUGGGGGCUGGCAUAUUGAAAUUCAUUUAAAUUUCUUACCCCCCCCCCCCAAAAGAAGAGUUGUCUGGCUAAAUUCUCUAUUCUUUCUUGAAAACUAACCAAAAAUAUUUUCAGUGAGUUAUGCUGUGUUAUAACUGAUGUGUUUCAAGGUCCCUGAUGCAUGUGUAUAUAUUUAACAAAAAAGCUGCCUCUUGGUCACUUGGUAACCAUGUCGACUGCAGCAGGGCAUGGAAGAAAAUUGCAUGUUAUAUUGUUUUAGUUUUUAACAGGAUCAAUCCAUGCACAAAUAUUGCAAUAUUUUGGGGAAAAAAAAUUAUUUAAUGUUUUUCUGGACAUGAUUGGGAGCCUUUUUCAAGAGAUGCUUCAGUUUUCAACUACAUAUUUCCCACUUAUGAGAGUCCUAUAACUAAUGAUUCUAAUUAUUCAAAGUUGUUCAUUUGUUUCAGUUUUCAUUAUACGAUGUACUAAGAGUAUUGUUCAUAACUACCUGCACACAUACUAUUUUAGAAUAUUAUAGAGAGAGGAUUUUUAACAAUUAAAUAAAAGGAGUAAAUUCACUCCUGUUGACUCUGGGUGGCCAGCAAUGUGCAACCUUGCAUUUUUAAGGUUUUUGGUGAGCAUGCCACUGGCAUAGCAAGCAUUUAGUGUCUUUCUCAAAUUGCCUUUGAAGAUGGUGGUGAGUUGCCAUCUUGAGUCACAGCAUCUUUUGGAUGACAGCACUCUUGGGGUGUUUGUCGUUGGGGAGUUCCUGGAUUCAGACCCAGCGAGGAUGGUGUGUAACAAAGGAAAACUUGCAAGUGGUGUUCCUAUAUCCCUUCUGUACUUUUCAUUCCAUGUGUUAAAGGAAAAGGGUUUGGGAGUUGAACUAGCUUUGUGAGUUUCUGCAAUGCAUUUUCUAGAUGGAACACAUUGCAGCUUUUGAUGGAGGCAGUGAAUGUUUAAUAUUACACUAAUUUCUAUGAAAAAUUUAUCACCCAAAUAUAGUUAUCUUCUUCAAAAUGGCUAUAAAGUACUGGCAUUGAAGACUACUGCUAAGUAAAUGCUAGAAUAUAUCUCAGACAUAAGUACAUGGAAUUUUCUUUUUUUUUAGAGCAUCUGAUCAUGGCUUUUUUGGUAGAAAUAUCACACUUUACCGAUUUAAGCCCAUGGUGAUUUAUUAUUGACUGAACUAUUUGCAAGGGAAUUGUUUUAUUCUACAUUCUUGCACAAUUUCUGUUAGGUUGAAUUAUCAAGUCUUCCCAAUGGAAUUUUAUCUAGGCGCAAGUGCUAAAUCUUUAGAGUAUGAAUAUUUGCAAAUGUUGAAUUGUAUAAACUAAAAGCUGUAUAGGAGAUAGCUGUUUUUUCUAAAUUAAAUUAAUUUGCAUCUUAGGCAGAGUAGACCCUGAGUUAGAACAAAGGUUAUACAGGAUGUGAAAGAUAUUUGGGUAUGAAAUACAUGUGUGUUAGAGUAAAAAACAACUUGAAUUGCAUAAUAUGUAUAAUCACAAAUAUUAUAAUGAAAUUUGCCAGUUCUUCUGUAUAGCCACAUUUACUUCCAGGGACACUGAAAUUAAUUUAUUUUCCCUACUUCAAUUAUUACUGGUUUGCUAUAAUAUCUAUAAGUUGUCUUAAUCUUUUCAAAAAUGAAGUUUUUCUCUGGUACCACACACCUAGUUAGUAGCAGAAAUUGCCCAAAAUUUCUUCAAAGCAAAACACAAUAUUUAAAAAAAAAAUUUCUCGUGUUAUGGUCUCCUUUUUGAGGUUUGCUAUUUUAUUUGGGAAAAGUUCCUGACACAUUUGUUAGUAAGCAACAAUAUAAAUAUGUUAGGACAUAUUAAUUUAACAGUCUGCAUGUUUUUAUUUAACCAGCACUAACCAGCUAUUUAUUUCAUGAAGGUCUAGAUAAAUUGCAUUGAUACACAAUCUGGAGCUUAAUUUGUGGUUUUGAAUUGGUUCACUCUAUUUUCCCUGAACUAUUUCCAUCAAAUGAUUUUUAUCAUGAGCUCCUCAGCAGCCUGGUGGUGCUUUAGGCAAUCUGAUUAAACAAUAUGUUAUACAAACUUAAUGAAUGGGUUUAAAAUAAUAUUUUAUAAAGAAACUUGAACAUGAGAUGCUGCUGUGUUAUGUUUUAUCUGUGUUUGUAAAUGUUUUAGUCAGACUACUGUUUAAAUUAAACUAAGACCUAUAUGCUGCAUUAAUUGUGAACUAGUGUUUGGAAUCAGGACUGCAGAAGUGACUACUUUUUGUAAAGAUGAUAUUCAAUGGAAGGAAAACAGCUUUUAUUCCAAAAAAAAACCCUGAAAAAACUUGAUGCACCAUGUAUGUUCUGUUCAACUGAUAUUUUCUUAUAUGUAUAUAAUAGCAAAGAUUCUAUGUACUAUAAUUUGCGGGUGAGAAAAUAGAAGUUUCCUAUUAAACAGUUGAAUUUAUUCUGAUAUAAACUCCUAUUUAUUUUUAUGUAACUAUAUAUAUCAUAAUACAUAUUUUGCUGUGCACAUUUAGAUUGCCUUAAAUGGGAAUUUAUAUUUUGGGAUAAUGUAUUUAAAUCAUAAUUGUGUAUGAAUGCAGUUUAAUGGUGGAAGCUUUGUAUCAUGUAAUUUAUAA